AAACUAAAAUAAAUUGGUAGAUAAAAUGAUGUAAAUGAUGAAGGGAGAAGAAAAAAGAGUGACACUAUCUCUUUAGCACACAACACAACAGCGUAGUAGUUAGUGAUGAUGGCCGCAUCACUAUCCCUUCAACUUCCAUUCCUUUCUUCUCCGACCACCAAACCACACACUCACCGGAAAUUCGCCUGCGUUGCGGCGGCGGCGGCGAAAAGCGAGAUUCCCCUCCUCCAAGUCAACGAUCUUCGAGCAAAAAUCGUAGAAUCAAAUGUCGAAAUUCUCAGAGGCGUUAAUCUCACAAUUAACAGAGGAGAAAUUCACGCUAUCAUGGGUAAAAACGGUUCUGGAAAAAGCACUUUCGCAAAAGUUCUGGUUGGUCAUCCAGAUUAUGAAGUUACAGGUGGUAGUGUUGUUUUCAAAGGGGAAAAUUUGCUUGAAUUGGAACCUGAAGAAAGAGCUCUUGAAGGUCUUUUCAUGAGUUUUCAAUCACCUGUUGCUAUCCCUGGUGUUUCAAAUGAUCAAUUUCUUCUUAUGGCUUAUAAUGCUCGAAGAAAAAAACUUGGUCUUCCUGAACUUGGACCCCUUGAGGGUUUUUCUUAUUUAAUGGAGAAACUACAACUUGUUAACAUGAAGCCUGACUUUCUCAAUAGGAAUGUCAAUGAAGGGUUUAGUGGAGGUGAACGAAAACGCAAUGAAAUCUUGCAACUUGCCGUUUUGGGGGCAGAUUUGGCUAUUUUGGAUGAAAUUGAUUCAGGAUUGGAUGUUGAUGCACUCAGGGAUGUGGCAAGUGCAGUUAAUAAAAUUCUUACCCCGGAGAAUUCUCUGUUGAUGAUUACUCACUAUCGGCGAAUUCUUGAUCUUUUGAAACCUUCCCAUGUCCAUGUUAUGGACAACGGCAAAAUUGCAAGGACAGGCGACCUAUCUAUGGUAGAUGCAAUUGAGGCAGAUGGAUAUGAAUUAGUCUCUGCUUUAACUUAAUACAGCUAGUUCCGCCACCCUUUCUGACUUUGUUGUGAAAAUGGAGGGGCUUGUUUCUGUUCAAAUUCAUUUGCAUACUGUCAAAUUGCACGAGUUACUGAGAGUAUCCCUUUCAAGAUCAUGACCGGGAAUAGGCAGUAUAUAAUUAGAUUGGAUGAGUCAAAACUUUCUUCACAGAUACUAAUGACGAGAUCUUACGCGUUUGGGAUGGGGGUGAUGAUAGCUAUAUUUUAUUUUUAUUUCAAUUUGAAAUCUUUAAUCAUUCUGGUUUUUCGAUACUGGAGUUUUUGCUCUAAACCCAGAUGACAGUACUACACUGGGUUGAUGUUCAGUUGUUGUAUCUUAUGGAAUUUUCUUCUGUAAGGAUGAGUUUGGGAAAUUGAUUGAAGUGUAUUUCAAUAGUAUAAUUAUGUAAACUGAAUAAAAAAGUGGAUUUCAAUUAUUUAACCUACAGGUUGGCAUGUUUCUGUGCA